CCCACUACUCCAUCCCUCCAUCAAUUAUAAUUCAACAGGCUAAGUUAUAUAUAUAUACUAGCUAAAAGAAACCAUGAAUCGAGCAAUGGCUUCGGCGGCUAUCCUCAUUGCGGCGGUGCUCGCCGCGCUGCGACCUGGCCAAGCCGUCGACUGCGGCCUGGUGGACUUCACAGUGUCCCCUUGCCUCGCCUAUCUCCAAAACGGCGGCGAUGCUCCUCCACAACAGUGCUGUGACGCCGUUAACUCCCUGAUCAGGAUAACUCCGUCGCAGCAAGACAGGCAGGACGCCUGUGAAUGUCUCAAGGCCGUCGCCCCUACCUUCGGCAUCAAGGCCGAGGUCGCCGCCGGUCUUCCCGGCAAAUGUGGCGUUUCCACCGACGUCCCCAUCAGCACCGACAUCAACUGUCAAAGCAUCGGUUGAGCGUUGAAUUGAAUGCAUGCAUGGCCGCGGACAACCGGACUGAUUGACUGAAUAAUCCGAUGAGAAGCUUUGGAUGGAUACUUGAAAUAAUCCGUUUUGUUCAUCUUUUUUGUUUGCAAUAAAGAUUGAAGUGUGACAUUUGUGAUAUUAUAUUGUACAAAGGUUUAUAAUAAGUAUCUAUGAAUCAAAUUAUGCGGUCCAUGUUGUG